AUGAAUGGAAUAAAAAAUGCAAUAUUUACAGACAAAAGUAUUCGGUUAUUGGGAAAAAAUCAAUAUACUUUUAAUGUCGAAUCAGGAUCAACUAGGACAGAAAUAAAACAUUGGGUCGAACUCUUUUUUGGUGUCAAGGUAAUAGCUAUGAAUAGUCAUCGACUCCCAAUAAAGGGUAGAAGAAUGCGACCUAUUAUGGGACAUAGACCGCAUUACAAACGUAUGAUCAUUACGCUUCAACCGGGUUAUUCUAUUCUACCUCUUAGAAAAGAACUUAAAUAA